AUGGAAGAAAGCAUACAACCCAUAAUGUUAGAAGCGAUCCAAACCAAACUGGUAGGUAAUGCUUUCAUGGUAACUCAACAUAAGGAUAUUUCAUCGUGGGAAAUGCUAAGGAAAACUCUAGAAGAGUCGUACUGUGCCACACGCACACCAGGGUAUCUGCUAUUAGAACUAUCUACAACUCGAUAUCGCCAUGGCGAAACAAUUCAACAAUAUACGUCGAGGGUAGAAAAACUGUUACAUGAACUUUGCAACGUCAGUGUGAACGGAAAAUCAUCUACAGAGGCCAAAACCAUUAACGACUUUAUAAAAGAAACAGCUUUAACAAUAUUUAUAGAGGGUCUACCAAAUAGCAUCAGAGGAAUUAUAAAAUCUAGAAAUUUACCAAGUAUAGAAGAAGCAAUUAAACAAAGCCUAGAAGAGGAAAAAAUGUAUCUGUCAAAUAAAGACGCGCAACGUCUAAUCCAGAAUAAACAAAGUACCAGCAGUACCGGUAAAUAUUGCAAGAAUUGCCAUAAAAACAAUCACAAUACAAAUGAGUGUAAGUAUGCAAACCGUAACGUGGAUACAGGUCAACGGUCUAAACCAAUGAAAGAAAGUGAUUACAAAAGUAACCAAGAGACUAAACAAAGGACCUGUGUGUAUUGCAAAAAAUCUGAUCAUGUGGUAGAUGAAUGCUAUAAAAAGAAAAACGCAGACGCAAGGAGAUCCAACCAAAGUACUCAAAGCCAACCAUCAGUAUCGAGAAACGACAAAGAACCGGGCACGGCGGGCAUCCGCCCGGUUCGAGAACUAAAACUGAUUGCCCAAAAUCAAGAAUAUUAA